UCCGAAGGCAGGAGUGCGCCUGCGCGGCACCCUCAGGCGGUCGAAGAUGGCGUUCGCUCAAAAGCUGUACCGGUUGGUCUUUCGUCGCACCUCCACGUUAGUGUUCACGGUCGUGGUGGGCGCGGUGAUUUUCGAGCGGGGCUUCGACCAGAUCACAGAUAAUAUUUUCUACCGACUGAACGAGGGGAAACUAUGGAAAGACAUCAAGCACAAAUAUGAGCUGAAGGAGGAGUGAGGCACAGCAGCCCUGGAUUCCUGUCGGACCCUCUGCUGUCUUCGCUAAUAGCCCUUUUAUUUGUCGCCAGCUGUUAAACCAGCAAAUGUUCAUCCUUGUAUGAUAGCCAGAGGACACUAUUCCAAGUGAUGAAGAGAUUUGCAUGACUUUUUUUUUUUUUUUUGCUGAAAAGCAACUUAAUAAAAUGCACUCUUAAGAC